CAAACGGUCGAGUUGUUAACGGUCGAGUUGUUGACAGUAGUUGCCAACUGCCGAGAAUUAAAACGAAUGGAAAUAGUUUAAGAACGCGCCAAUAGGAACCGAAUACAUAAAAAAAAAAAAGACUGAAGAUCGUUGUUUUGUUUUGCAAUAAAAACACUGAAUAUCUAUAAAAAUGGAGACUAAAAAGCAGCUUAGACGACAGUAGAGAGUACACGGGAGUUAACUACACCGCUUGCUUUUUUACGACCGAUAGGUGGCGAGAGUGUCACGCAUCCAGCGAAUAUUCAUUUCCGUCAUUGUUUUAUUUUUCAGCGUUCCAAACCUACAUCGUAACUGUAUGCGUAUAUCGUGCGCACGUGUUUGUCUGGUUUGUCCUAACCUCAAAAUUGCCGGAAUUUGGUGUGGUCUGGUGCAAUUAAAUACGAUAUUUAUGGAAACACAAAAAAGCAGAAACUAACAAAAAUAUUUUGUGUAAAUAUUAAUCUUUGACAAUGGCGAUGCAAGUCCCGACCGACGUGGAUGCCGAUCAGAUUAAAUCUUUUCGAGACUUUUUAACCUCGUAUAAUAAGCUUUCUGAAAUUUGCUUUGUCGACUGCAUAUCUGACUUCACUACGCGAGAAAUCAGAGCCAAAGAAGAAAAAUGUGCCCUUAAUUGUAUGGAAAAAUAUUUGAAAAUGAACCAGAGGAUAUCUCAACGUUUUCAAGAGUUUCAAAUAACUGCUAAUGAAAAUAUUCUGGCAGCUAAAAGACAGGGUCAGAUAAAUUGACUUAACUAGAAAAAAUAUAAGAAAAAUAAUCUUGUCAUGAACGUCUAUCAGAAUCUUUGUACUAUAAUAUCAUAAAAUUACAACAAACAUUUGCAAAUUUCUUAACCUUUCUGUAGUCUGAUCUAUUCAAUAUCUAAUAGAUAUUUAUUCAAGAUCAAAAUAUUAUAUUUUAAAAUUAAAAAACAUUGUACAGUAAAUGAUUAUUCAUUAUACUAUAUUGUAAUAUAAAAGCCAUUCUACAUUGGUUGUAUCAUAGUCGAAAGCAUUGUGAGCAUCAUGUGACUUUAAAAUUGAAGCAUCGGAUUGGCUAAAGCAAGCUUGUGACUUGUGACAUCUACAAUACGACCAAUGUAGAAUGGCUUUUAAAUCUCAAACAUGUAAAUUAUGAAAGUGAUGGAGUUAAUGUAUAUGUUAAAAUAAGUAAACUUGUUUUAUUAAAUAUGAA